UUUUCACUUCCGGUCUGGUUCCAGGACCAGAACCCUUUGUCAGAACAUUGGAGUUACCCUGUGCUGAUGAACAUGGACUGGACUCAGAUUGAUGAGACGAUCUUGGAUCUCACCCUGGGAAUCAUCUGUUUGCUUGCAGGAGAGGAUCAGGUGGUUGCAAAAAAAGUCUGUGAGUAUUUUAAUCACAACAGCAGUCACAACGUGACCGAAGGAUCCUAUAGAACCCAGAGCCCCAGCAAGGUGAAUCCACGUUCCUCACUGAUACGUGAGAGAAAGAAUAACAAGAAGAUCCUGGAACUGACCAAUCAGAUCAUCCAGCUGCUGACUGGAGAGGUUCCAAUUAGGUGUGAGGAUGUCACUGUCUAUUUCUCCAUGGAAGAGUGGGAGUAUCUAGAAGGACACAAGGAUCUCUACAAGGAUGUAAUGAUGGAGAAUCACCAGACCCUAAGCUCAAAUAAACCUUCACCAACUGAAUAUCACACUCCAGAUUGUGUGCCUGAUUUCCGAAACAAUGAGGAAAGUGCAAAUAAACCCAGCAAUGGAGCAAACUAUCUGCAAACUAGCAAAGUGAGGAAAUUACAUAUGAAAAAUAUUCCGUACAUCUGGGAAGAGUCUCCACCCCGUAUAGAGGAAAAUCACAGAAACAUGGAAUGUCCAUCUACUGAUAUUAAGAAGGAAUCGGCAUUACAUGGAGAAGGAAAUCUCACAGGGUUUGACAUCCAUGCAUGCACAGAUAAUACACAGACAGAAUAUUCAUCUAUUCUUAUUAAGGAGGAAUCAGCCUCGGAUGAAGAAGGGAAUCGCCCAGGAGUCGACAUUUAUAAAUCCAGUCACAAUUCUACUCUUGCAGAUAAUGAAGAUAAUAGAACUUGUUCAAACAUACAUUCUAUCAAGCCUUGUAUUGAAUUAAAUACACCACAUCAUAUUGAUGGUAAUGCUACUCAGAGCAAAGACAACAUAGAGGAAAUAUUCCCGAUUUCUGAUUGUCCACAAGGCUUCAGUAGUGACACGCAGGAUGUUAAACAUCAGCCAACUCAUACAGGUAAAUCCCUAUUAUCCACGCCAGACCUUGUUAUACAUGAGAUGAAUCCUACAGGAGAAAAUCAGAUUUCAUCUUCUCAAUCUGGGUCAGAUUUUAUUCAGGUGUCCAAUCUUGUCAAGCAGGAAAUGGAUUGGAAUGAACAGACACCAUAUAUGUGCUCUGAAUGUGGGAAAAGUUUUACCCAGGCUGCAGAGCUUGCGUCACAUAAAAUGGUUCAUAAUAGGGAAACACCUUACAAAUGUACUGAAUGUUCAAAGUGUUUUAACAAAAAGAUGUAUCUUUUUCGACAUCAGAAGGUUCACAGAGGAGAAAAGCUAUAUAAAUGCUCUGAAUGUGGGAAGCGGUUUAACUUAAAGCAUGCUCUUAUUAGACACAACAGAGUUCACACAGGAGAGAAACCAUAUAGGUGCCUUGAAUGCGGGAAAGAUUUUACCCGGACCACAUAUCUUGCAUCACAUAAAAGGAUUCACUCUGGAGAAAAAACAUUUUCAUGCUCAGAGUGUGGGAAACGGUUUAACUUAAAGCAUGAUCUUAAUAGGCACCAAAGAGUUCACACAGGAGAGAAACCAUAUAGGUGUCUUGAAUGCGGGAAAGAUUUUACCCAGGCCUCAAAUCUUGCAUCACAUAAAAGGAUUCACUCAGGAGAAAAACCAUUUUCAUGCUCAGAGUGUGGGAAACGGUUUAACUUAAAGCAUGGUCUUAAUAGGCACCACAGAGUUCACACAGGAGAGAAACAUAUAGGUGUCUUGAAUGCGGGAAAAUUUUUACCUGGUUAACAAGUCUUGUUUCACAUAAAAGGACUCACUUAGGAGAAAAAACAUUGUCAUGCUCUGAAUGUGGGAAAGGUUUUACCCGGCGCUCAUCUCUUAGCAGACAUAAUAGAGUUCACAGAUGAUUAAAGCCAUUUUUUUGUCCUAAAUGUUGAGAAAGCUUUGCAGGUCUUUUUUCUAAUAUUAGAUAUUAAGGCCUAUUAUAGAUUAGAACCCAUUUGCAUGUACCAAUUAUUUGU